UCAUGCAUACCUAUGAGCAAACAGUCGGCUUGUCUGGUUCUUUUGUUUUUUACAGUGCCAGUUUAGAUUUAAUUUUUGGACGAUAAAGACGUAAAAUAUUCGAGCAUUUAACGUCUUUCAAUCAUGGAAUCUGGUGGAGGAUAUGUGGGGUUCGCGAACCUCCCGAAUCAAGUACAUCGGAAAUCUGUGAAACGUGGCUUCGAAUUCACAUUGAUGAUUGUCGGAGAAAGUGGGCUUGGCAAGAGUACUUUGGUAAAUAGCCUUUUUUUAACUGACCUCUAUCCGGACAGACCUAUUCUGGAUGCGACGGAAAAGCAAAAGCAGACAGUCAAAUUAGAAGCGUCUACCGUUGAGAUCGAAGAGCGUGGAGUGAAACUGCGUCUCACAGUUGUUGAUACGCCUGGAUUCGGAGACGCCAUCGACAACUCGGACAGCUUCAACUCCAUUUUGAAGUAUAUCGAUGACCAGUUUGAGCAUUACUUGCGCGACGAAACUGGCUUGAAUCGCAGAAACAUUGUGGACAAUCGCAUCCACUGUUGUUUCUACUUCAUAUCACCCUUCGGACAUGGCCUUAAGCCAUUGGACAUUGAAUUUAUGAAAAAAUUACAUACAAAAGUUAAUAUUGUGCCUGUAAUUGCGAAGGCUGAUGUGCUUACGAAAAAGGAGAUGCAACGAUUGAAGGAUCGCGUAAUGCAGGAAAUCGAAGCGAACGGUAUUAAAAUUUACACCUUGCCCGAAUGCGACAGCGACGAAGACGAGGAUUACAAGGAGCAAGUGCGUCAGUUGAAAGAAGCUGUGCCAUUCGCAGUGUGUGGCUCAACAUCAGUCCUCGAAGUUAAGGGUCGCAAAUUACGUGGUCGUUUAUAUCCGUGGGGCGUCGUUGAAGUGGAGAAUCCCGAACAUUGUGAUUUCAUUAAAUUGCGCACCAUGUUGAUCACACACAUGCAAGACUUGCAGGAAGUCACCCAAGAAGUUCAUUACGAGAAUUACCGGUCAGAACGCCUGGCUCGUGGUGGAAAGGCAACUGAAAAGGGCCCGAUCGAUGUAGCUGACGCCAUCACAGACAAAGAUCGUAUUUUACAAGAAAAAGAAGCUGAAUUACGUCGCAUGCAGGCAAUUUUGGAGCAAAUGCAAGCUAAAAUGCAGCUUAAGUAACUUUCUUUUUGUCAGAUUUAUUUUUUUUAUCUUUAUUUUAAUCGAUAUAGAGCAUAGAUUUCUUUUCCAAUAUACUUAUGCGUGUCAUUA